AUGGCCAUGGAGAUCGCCAACCCGAAACGGAUCCUCGCCCUCGCGGCCCACGACCGCCAAGACGACCUCGCACGCUUCCUCGGCGCCCUGACGGGCACGACGCCGGAGCCCUCGACCGCCGCGUCGGCGACGCCCUCGCUCGCCGGCACCUCGCAUGUCCUGCCGCUGACGACGUCCUACUACACGGCUACGGUCCCCGUCUGGCUCGACCUCGUCGCCGACGCCACCGCCACCGCCACCGACACGGACGGCGCGGACGCCGACGCCGACGAGGACUGGGCCGCCACGUUCCUGGCGCCCGAGGCCCGCGAGUCCUCGACGCGCUCGGCGGUGUCGUCGUCGUGCUGCCUGUGGCGCGCGGCGUCGCGGCUGCGCGGGGGCUCGUCGAGCAGGUCGGUCGCGUCGUCCGGGAGGGCCUCGGGGGGUGGGGGUGGGACGGGGUCGGGCUCGCUGUCGGUGUCGGUGCCGGCGGCGGGCGGGCCGAGGGGGAGGAGGAGGAGGCGGCGGAGCAGGGCGAGUGGGAGGAUCUGUGCGGCGCCGCGGGGUUGGAAAAAAAUGGGCAUCCACAGAGUCCUCGAAGCGCUCGAGGCCAACGACUGGGACCAGGGCGACAUACCCUCCGACCUCGAGGACGAGCUUGGCGGCCUCGAGGACGGCAGAGACGACCCCGAGAGCCUCGAUUUCGGCGUCGACAGGGCCGACUUUGAGGGUCUGCGGCAGGCGAUAUGGGGCCUCGACACGGAGCCGAGGGCCGAGGGCGACGGCGAGGCCAGGGGCAGCGGUGCGCAGGCCGAGCCGUUGGACGAGGCGGCCGAGGUCGAGAAGCUGGAGAGCAUGAUGCGCAAGCUGCAGGCCGUGCGGGACAUGAGCGCCGGCUUGCCGGAGGAGCAGCGGAAGAAGAUGGCGGCCAAGGCCGUGAACGAGGUGAUGAAGGAUCUGUAG